AUGGCAUCUACAAAGCCUCUGACACUGCUCGUGGCUUGCAGCCGUCCGACAGCACGGCUCACGAGCCCUUGCUCAAUCCGCACAAUUGCAGCACCCUCAAGGACUCCCUUGGCUACAUUUGCAUUCUCGUCGACUACCUUCCGCGCCUACGCCACCCCCUCAGGACCACCGCCUGCUGGCUUCAGGUUACCAAAGCCGGAGAGAUGGGACCAGAGCAAGGAGUCAUCAUUGGAUAAGGCGGGAAAAUACUUCUUGUUGACGGAGAUGGCAAGGGGCAUGUAUGUGGUGCUGGAACAAUACUUCAGACCUCCAUACACUAUUUUCUACCCAUUCGAAAAGGGACCAAUCUCUCCACGUUUCCGUGGCGAACACGCUCUACGAAGAUACCCAUCCGGGGAAGAACGUUGCAUUGCAUGCAAGCUUUGUGAAGCCAUCUGCCCCGCCCAAGCCAUCACCAUUGAGGCCGAGGAGCGUGAAGAUGGAAGCCGCAGAACCACUCGCUAUGAUAUCGACAUGACGAAGUGUAUCUACUGUGGUUUCUGCCAGGAGAGCUGUCCAGUUGAUGCUAUUGUGGAAUCGCCGAAUGCCGAAUAUGCGACUGAGACAAGGGAGGAGCUGCUUUACAACAAGGAGAAGUUGCUCGCGAAUGGAGAUAAGUGGGAGCCAGAGUUGGCUGCGGCAGCUAGAGCGGAUGCGCCGUAUAGAUAA